AUGCGGCCAGGACCCGGGCUGGUCGUGAUGGCGCUUGCGUUUAUUUCGGGGGCUCGGCGUGGCAGCACCAGCACCAGUUCAAAAUCAUCUUCAUCGACCACAUCACCAUCGUCACCAUCGGCUUUUUUCACCACUACUACUUCGGACACCAGCUUCGAACCAACGACACCUUCUCUACUGUUUCCGGAAUAUCUCGGUGGAGGUGGCGUCCUAACAGCAGAUACUAAAACAUUGCCAAACCAUCCUCAAAAAGAAACGGGAGGGAAAACCUAUCGUAUAGGCGAUUACAAUUAUAUAUAUAACAGCUUAUUUUAUUUGCCCCCAUUUGUACCGCCGAGACAUAAAAUAAUCCAAGACGAUCUACACCUACGGUUGGAAACACUUUCCGGUUUAAAAUCGAAUUCACGUGCCACCAGGCAAACGAGAAUAAUACACAACAAAAACGCUGGCGAAAGAAAUCAAAACGCGGAAAGCGACGGCGGCGAAGGUGUCACCGCUGACAUCAGUGUUGGCGAUAGCGUGAACAAAGAAGGAAGCACUGUUGGGUCCGAAAGCGGUAGUGGGUAUGAACUUGAGGACGGCAUAAUUAGUGUGGAGGACAAGAACAGUGAAGGCAUCACAGCUGCUGGUACUAGUGUCAGUGGGGAUUCCGAAGCACUUCCUGUACAAUUCCCUUCCAAUUCAGCAGACGCAUCGCGAUCCUUCGAUGAGGACGAUAUAUUAGCCUUGGUUGCCGAGGACGAUCUUCUGUCAGAAGAGUCGUUUGAUCGACUAACGAAAUUUACCGAUGACAAAAUUGGUUAUGUUAUUGUGGAUGAUUACGAUGCGGCAAGCGAAGACUCCACGAGUGGUGUGAGUGAGAGCUCGUUAGCUAGUGCUGUUGAAAACCAACAACAAGACCCGCAGGACGAUAAUUAUACUGCCAACGAAAGAAAUAUUGGCAAUGAGAAUGGUAGCGGCGAAACUGCUGAAUUCCAAAAUGAGCAAAAAUAUACAAAUAGAAAAGAUAAAGACAAAGUUGUUGUAAAGGGAAACAAUAACCAAAACAUAAAAGAAAAAGUGUUUGCGAAAAGUAUAGAAAACAGCCAUGAUAGUUUAACGGCAGUUGCCGACAUUUCGUUUGUAGCUGCGAUUAGUGAGAAUGGUUUGAGCCACACUUUUGCGACGGACAGUGACAACAGUGUUCGAAAUACCAAAUGGUUGAUAUUCGAAAGCGAGUCACCGUUGACUCGACUCAAUCCCUGGAUAUCAGCCUGUGAUCUAGCACAACCUGGUGGUACAGCGCCAGAUUUACAGGGUCAAUGCUCCGCUGGCACAUUGCCUGUGGCAUGGGUCGAUGAAGGUCCCGGCCCCCCAGCUUGUCCCAUUUCAUGUGAAAGAUUAAAAUCAAGUAUAUUUAAUAAUUUUAAUACAAAAUCUAACAAUAAUAACAGUAAUUUAAAAAGAAAUUAUAAAGUUAAUCUUAAGACAUCUACUGAUAACCAUCACCAAAGCGGAAAAAUGCUGAAAGUGCGUCGGGAUUUGAACCCCUGGAAAGGCAACGACAGCACUGAAAUCUCUAAUGGUGAUCAAGGUUUACUUGGCACAGGAAUAAUGGAACAGUCCAGAAAAAAAGUGAGGAAUGCGGCAUCCACUUCCUUAGUUCAAAUGAAGCCUUUCCAAGCUCAACAAUACGAUAAUAUGGCGAUUGCACUCGCCCUCGCCAGCAGCAAUCGACAGCAUCAGGCCAACAAUAACAUUGUGAAAAUCAAUACGAAUCAGGCUGAGUCUAGGAUGCCAUAUGAAUAUUCCGACUAUAUAAAUUUCGGUUCGAAAUACGAAAGUAACACUGGCCGUACGUACAACAACAACAAGCAAAAGAAACAAUACCCCGGUUAUAGAGAACAACAACAGCAACAACAACCACCACUGCAACAACAAAAGCAACAUCAACAGAAAGAACAACAGUGCCUUGAUUACUUGGGCGAUACGGAGGAGACGAGUCCGGCGCACUUGUGUACAUUUAAAUCGCCCGGCGAAUUGGCAGCUCGGCUACGUUCGCUACGUCUUCACCAUUGCUGCGAGCGUAAUGUCUUCAGCGCCUUACACACAGUCGCAUUAAAUGCCACCCUAAGCGGCGGCGUGGAGUGUGUUCGCAUUCUUAUGGAUGUCAUGGACUUGGAUGUGCUGGCCACCCGCAUCACUUGCGAACUAGCAGAAAUACUUUUUCGCUUCGAUUGCCGACAGGUGUAUUCACAGAUUCACCAGUGUGACGAUUGCAAAGAGGCCUACCGGCGUUGGGUUUGUAGUACUUUGGUUCCGUAUUUUGCUGAGGAAAGCGACAUUUCUGUAUCCCCAAGCAACAACUACAACAAUAAUAAUAAUAAUCGUAACAACAGUAAAACCGACAACCGAACUAACAGCACAAGCACAAAAAAUAGUGAUAAAUCGAUAAUUAAUGUUGUCACCAGCAAUAAAACUGGCCGAUUAUUUCCUAAUGAAAACAACAAUAAUAAAUUACACGAUGCUGUAGAUUCUAUUGAGGAGGCAACACAACGAACCAAACGCCAACUCAGCCAUAACAUAACGAUUUCUAAUCCUUCCCCGCCUAACAGCGACGUGGCCAACAACAGCGAAACGUCAGCCGUUUUGAAACGGAGUAAACGAAACUUGGAUGGCCGAUGCAAUCGGCAUCAACAGCAGCAGCAACAACAAGAAUGGCGGCAGGAGCAACAAAAACAUCCAAAACAAUCGAAACAAUCCAAUAUCUUCAUAUCGACUGCCAUUAAUGCGGAUCCAUGUACUGAGGAUCCAGUGAUAUCAAAAAUAAUUAAACGAUCUAAACGAAAGGUGCAAUUUCGAAAGCGGAGAAGAAUACGACCUUGCCUAAGUGUCUGCCAAACUGUUGAGCAGAAGUGCCCAUAUCUGCUCCCAGCUGAUCGAGCUCCAGCGCUGCCAACACAAUACGCCGGCGAACCAACAUUCCUUUGCUUGGAUCAAAGCAUCCCAGAAACCGGCGAGCAAUUGCGUAAAUCAACCUAUGGACCAUCGGAAUGCUGCUAUAGCUAUUGCGAGAAUAUUGCGGAAGGAAUUUGCACCUACUGCAAUGAUUUUAUACAUAACGCAAUAGAUGUAAGUAUUCCGGCUGGAAAUUCAACGCGACGUUUACACAAUAUCACUCUAACGGCGACGAGUCCGUAUCGCCUGGAUACUCGCUUAGAAGCAUCACUGGCAAACGACUCGACGAACAAACUUGCUGCCAGCAUAUCGAUUGCAUUAACUAAUAGCUCAACAACCGCCGUGGGUAGUCAAAUCGAUCGCUUGCCAUACUAUGCCCUCUAUGAUGGUAUUUAUUAUUACGAUGAAAACACGGCCGAUAUGCCUGAAGCAGCAAUGUCGGACGAUUGCCCACCAGUACCGUCUGUGACAAGUCGCUGCACGAUACCGUACUACGCCUCAUCGGCGGCGGCACUGCGCACACAACAAAAGACAGUACCCAACGACAUGAUCGGCCACCACAUGUUACUGCUGCUCAGUGCAAUGCUUUGUCUACUAACCAGUCAAUCCGCUGCAAUGCAGCUAAAAAACGAGACGCACCCGAAUCAAAAACAACUUCGCAAGUAUAUAAUCCAUAGCACGAAGCCUGCAAAUAUCAAUGGAUUAUCAACAGAGGCGGAGCAUAGUGAUUCGGCUGCGUUGUAUGUGGUAAAAAAAUCCGUUUACUUGGUACUUCGCAGAACCGAAUAUCUACAGCAACUGAGGGGGGCAGAAGACUCCACCAUUGAACGAAUAGCUGGGAAGAGCACAAGAUGCAGCAGUUCGAGAGAAAACCCCACAAGGUCCACUAUCUUCUCCACAUUUACAGUAUGCACCUACUAUUUUAGUAGAGGUAUUUAUGAAAGUAGUAACAUCCGUCAUUGCGUCCAGGAUUGUGGUGGACGAGUACAUUGUUAUUUGGAGGAAAACUUUAGUCGAAGCAGAAGUAGGAGCAGAAACAAAACCAAGGAUAGAAAAGGAAGUCGAAAUUUGAAUAGGAAUCGAAGUCGAAAUCGAAAUCGAAAUAGACCCGUAAGCGGUAAUGAAAUUGUAAAUGGGAAAAUAUUUUGGGAAAGAAACACGAUUAGCCAAGUAUGUAGUGUACUAAAGGAAUCAAAUAAAACAAAAAUUAGUCCUACUGAAUAUAGCGGCUCAGUACGGUAUAAAUACGUUGGGAUGAAUAUAGGAAAUAAUAAUAAAAUUACUUAUAGAUUAAAUAGCCAAUUGUAUUUUAAUAGUAAAACUAAAAUCUAUCGUAGCAAAAAGUGUAGUAAAUUUAGAAAUUUUAAUAUUGCUACCAACACUGACUAUAACAGAAAUCAUACAAAUGAAAUAAUUAACACAACAACAUCAAAUACAAAUAAAUAUUCUUAUAAAUAUAAUUACAACAAUAAUAAUAAUAAUAUUAAUAACAAUAAUAAUAAGAGCAUUGACAGAUUUAAGUCGUAUUAUGCGGAAAGAAAUUGUCAGUUCAUUUACUACUAUAAUUUCAAUAUUAACGAUUGGUGGCGGCGAUGGUGGUGGUGUCCGUGGUCAUGGUUCACCCAACCACGAUCCCUCGUUAUAUUAUAGUUUGCCGCGAUUUAAUUACCUUUACCGCAGUAACAACAUUAGGACGAAACUGAUUAAAUACAUAUUUUUUUGUUUUUCAGAUAAACAAUCCCGCCAUACUUAUUUUGGAAAUAGAUAAAAAAACGAAGUGUUAUCCAUCACGAAACCUUUCGUUAAGCUAUAAAGCAUUAAGUUGAGUGCGUUUCGAAGUCCUUUCAGCACUUUGUGAACAGAAACGCACCUAGAAAUAGUACAAUCAUCCAAAUAUAGGUUUAUUUGGCUACUUUUCCAGUAAAUAUUAUCCAGC